CAGAAUGCACAAACGUCAUGUGUUACGUCAACUUGAAUAUCGUGUGUGUUGUGUUGGUUUGUUGGUGUUGCAUUGUAGUGGUUCAGCACUUGCAACGAUAACAAUUUGUUCUUGAAUACUUUCAGUAUUUCGGCUGAAAUUUACACAGAUUCAGCUGAUAGGACUUAAAUGUGCCGUGUUGUGUAAUUCUAAUAAAUUAUACGUCGUGUUAUUUAGUAAUAGUGAAGAAAAAUAAUAAAAAAGUACCUACUGCAUACACAGUUUUUCGUCUAUAAAGUUAAUUAAAGUAAUUUAUUUCAUUUCUUCUUAUCUAAAAUGACUAGUUCAUCAGCAAAAGUUGACGAUAUUUUUCGCGAGGCGGGAACAGCAUUUAACAAACUCUCUGAGAUGACUAUGUCAUUACAAGCUGCGGAAGAUUCACUUUCAGAUGAAGUAUGGAGCCCCGAGGACUUAGAGACACUACGUUCUAGUGUGCACCGCUUUGCUGUUGAACUUAAUAAAAUAAGUCAACAUAUAAAGAAAAGAACCAUGUAUCACUUGCGUCGACUGUUAGAACUUGACAGCGGCGCCAUCCGUGACGUGCCAGGUACCUCUCCCGAUGUUACCCAACAACCUAGGUACGUUAUACAAGCUCCGACGCUUGUGACAUCAACUUCAACUUGGGUUGCCUGUGCGGUUCCCGUAUCGACGUACAUUCCUAUUAGUAACCCAGAUGCGACGCCCAUUGCUUCACUGCCUCAAUCCACGUAUUGCAACGAUAUCAGUAUCCUGUCGGAGUCCAACGAUGUGGUAAUACCUCCGGGUAUUGAAAUACCUUCAGAGUUAGAACCACUGCCGGUACUUUUGCAUUUGUCUGAUUUGGAGCCGAGCCUAUCCCAGCCGGCCCUUAUUAAAAGUAAUUCUGAAGAAAAUGAGACCUCUGAAAGUGAGCUAGACGGGUUUAAUCCCGAGGUGGUGCCACCUGUCCCUCCGGAGCAGAUCUUGCAAACGGAAAAGAAGAAGAAACCAAAACAAACGACAAAAAAUCAAACAAGCAACAGUAAUGAAGUUAAUAACAACGUUAAGGACAACGUCAAUACGGAAAUGUGCCUCACAGUACGUCAACUUCUGAAAUAUUUGAAUUGUGAGGAGACACAUGGGCAGUCAACAAAUGAGCAAGUAAUCAUUAAUUCUCCUCCUACGUACACUUUAGCUAGACCAGUACCAAGCGAUAUUGUCGUUCCCAGUUACGGCACAAGUUCCUCUGUUCAACAUCAAGUUACAGUGAGUAAACCUUUUGACUACCACAGCCACGUCGUUAAAUCACUUCAUACCAAAGCCCCACCAUCUUAUCAAGAAUUUGUACCUUUGUCCAAACAGCAGGUAUUUAAUAAGACGAGUGUAAGUGGAUUCAUUGAACAAAGUUCUUAUUCCUUCGCUCCUAAAGAGAAGAAACACAAUAAAACUACUAAACCAACUACAUCGUCAACAAAAACGAAACCUCGGUCUCAAAGGGCUCCGGCUAAAAAAAGAACUAAUCCUACAAAAGGACAUCGGUCAAGAAGAAAGAACAUCCACGAGCCAUUUCUCAAAGACAUUAGUCAACCUUUAUAUUGCGAAGACGACAACGCAAGACACGAUGUAAAGGAGGAAACAGGCCUCUUCAUUGCGGAACAUAUCAUCGAUGAUGGUAGCGUUCCGCUACCUCCACUUAAAUCUCAGAUAGCGGGAGAAAAUAAAGUAGAAGAAAAAGAAAAAAAAGUGGAAAUCCACGACCCCUUCGCGUUCUCGGAUGUAGAACCUGCUCCCGAUCCGCUUAGCACUUUCCGUGCCCGUUGGUGCAGUAAAAGAGUCUCGCUCCCGGUUCCCGACCACUCCACCAGCCACCAGCCACCGGCCACAAACGAAACAAGCACAACCCAGACAUCACAAAUAACUCCAAAAAGUUAUUUGAAAGAAGAAGAACCGAAAGCUGCUGAAACAGUAAUACCAAACACAGCCACGACCGUGACUCGUGUCAUGACGAGAUCCAAAAGCCGCAAGGGGCAAGGGGAGUUGCUUGAACCUCUACUUCCCCCAAAGCGAUCCCGAAAAGGCACUAAGAAAACAUCAAAAAGAUAAAUUUAGCAAGAUAAAGAUGAUACUAGAGCUUCAAAAUCAUUUAACAACAACGUAAACAGGUUGUGGAAAAUAGCAUUAAGGCGUACACGCAUUUACUGACUUUUAAUAUAUUUGAUGGAAUAAUCAAUUGUGGUUAUCCCUGUUUGGUAGAGUUAAAAAUAAUAUAAAAUCCUAAAUAACUAUCUGUUUGGUGUUUUGCAUGCUACGUUAAACUCAAAACAUGCAGUGGAAAAUAAAUAAUUAAUAAUUACUUCUGAUAAAUACGAUGUUGAUGUAUGUACAGUAGAAAAUCCAAGAUAGAUGUUGUCCUUCUAAAAUUUCCUUCUCAUUGUAAAAUCUUAUUUUACUAUUUAUUUUGUAAAUAAAAUAAAAUUAAACUUAUAAAUAUUUAAUGGAAAUGAAUGGAUUUUCUGUUGUAUGUUAUUAAGACUGUGAGGCCGGUACGGUUGUAAUGUAGGAUCGGCCUAAACGUACUGUGAUAAAAAUUUGUGAUAAGUACUCGCAAAUUGAUGAUAUUUCAUGAAUUAGCGAGACUGGAAUGGAACGAUAUUAUAAAAUGAAUUAAGACGCGUGGAUGCCGGUUAUAGAACAAGCUUGUACAGUACAGGCAUACAGUUUCCGGUAAACAGGCUUUUUUCUAAUGUAUGAUUGAGAACUUCAAAUCUUUGUGGACCACAAUAUACGUAUCACCUAUUACUACUUUAAAUAUCCUCUCAUUCCCACCUAUGUUAACUCUAAAUCCUUCGUCCUUCAUAAUUAUUUCCGCAAGUGUCUAGUUGUAGUAAAGUUGAACAUCAUGUGCAUGUUAAAUGUUAGCGUCCCUGUGUAAUAAACAUAUUGAAUACACUACCGCGACGAAAGCGAAAGCUAUUCGAGUUAACUAAUAAAUAACUAAUAAAUUGAAGCAGUUGUCAUACGAAAGUGACCAAUUCAAUACUAAUCAUAGAAAAUGUAAUUACUCAAUCGGCAAUCUUUGUGUAAUUGAUGUACUAUGUUAUAUGUGUAAAAUAUCUGUUAAUUCUUGAGGUGUUAAAAUUGUUAGUACACAUUACUGUGUACAAGUAGGCUAUAAUUCUAUUUGGUCAUUGACUAAAGAAAUGAAAUGUGUUUCAUGAAGUUGAUUAUUGUAUGAAUAAAUGUAAAUAUAUGUACAGUACAACCAUUUUAGUACAAUAUGUAUAUAAUUUGUCCAUCAGCGAUAAACGCUGUUAACUAAUAAUAUUAGAGAAUGGAGUUCUCUCGUACAAAACAUAAAAUCCGAAUUUAGAACUCCUUAGGAUUCUCAGAUUAAUAAAUAGUAAUAAGAAUACUACUCUGUUAUAUUUAUACAAUAGAUCUAUUUAACAAAAAUAAAAAUAUUCAUGUACUCACCAACUGUUUUAAGGUGAGAAUCAAGUAAGAAAGUAAGUAAAAGCCACUGCAUGUACUGUCCAUAGUUUUGUAAAUAAUAAUGAUUUAAAGUUUACCCUGAUUGAUGUAAUUGUACAUAAUGCAGUAGUAUGAAGCAACUUAAUUAAAUAUUCAGCAUGAAAGAUGUUCAAUGUUUUCGUAAUUAUAAUAGUGAUUGUCUAUUAUAUUAUAAUCUGAAAUAUUUGACACGUUCGCCGACUCGGUCUGAUUUUGUAACGCCACUUUGUCCGUUUUUAUGUGAACUGCUACGGCCGGUCCGUUACAGGCUAAUGAUUGAAUUCUUUCAAAUAGGACGCACCGGUUGUAGCAUUCCCUGCUGUAGCAGGUUCGAUAAUAUUAUUGUCUAGUAGAUUAUGUACAUAUCUCUUGUUUACUUCCAUUCUGGGGCGUUAGUCUGCAGUUACAAUAUUUAGACACCAUUGUUUUCAUAACUGCAGAUUUUGACGAGUUUGGUAAUCUAUAUCUAUACUCUGUACUAAUAUUAUAAAGAGGAAAGGUUUCAUACUUUGUUUGAAAUUAAGAGGCUCCGAAACUACCGGACCAACUUAAAAAAUCUUUCACCGUUAGCAAGCCGAGUAUUUCCAAGUGAAAUAGACUAUGGUUCAUUUUCAAAAAAAUUAGAGAUGCUUACUAAAACUUGAACAAUCCAACCGAAGGUGUAAAAAAAUAAACAAAACCUUCUUUCCUUCCGCGCUGCGAAAACUAUUAAUGAAAUAUUACAAAAUUUAAUAUUACAAUUUUCAGGACACGUCACUAUUGACAAAAAUGUCGCGACAUUACGUCUUUAUCUUUUAUAGUUACGCUACAAUAAGCGUACUAUUACUAAAAAAAAUAUAU